AUGGUUGAUAGAAGGAAUGAUGAUGCGCUUGCGGCGACAUUGACCCUGCUGGCUGGUGCCAUUCCGCAAAUGAAUGCUGGUGAUCGGGUGCGUGAUGCUGAUGAGUUUCGUGCUUUGGGGAAGUUCCAUAGGAACAAUCCACCAACUUUUAAAGGAGAUCAUGAACCUGACAAAGCUCAAGAGUGGUUGAAGGCGAUUGAGAAAAUCUUUCGAGUUAUGAACUGUUCAAAUGCAAAGAAGGUGCAGUUUGGAACUCAUAUGCUUGAGAAAGAAGCUGAAGAUUGGUGGCGUACUGUUCAUAGAUUUGACGGGGAUGGCUUGAGACUUGAUACCAAGAAGGCAAUGGGUUACGAACAGAUUAUGAGAUUUUCUGAGUUGGUUAACAAGAGUAAGAUCUAUGAUAAGGAUAGCCGUGAGAGUGCCGCUCAUUACAAGUCCUUGCAUGAUAAGAAAGGAAAAGGGCAAUUCCAAGGGAAGUCGUAUGAUGGUAAGAAGAAAGCUGGUGAUGGCAAGAAGUCGAGUGGGGGAGGAUCUCACACUCCUGUCAAGUGCUUCAGAUGUGGUGUUGAGGGACAUCGUGCUCCCGAGUGUCCUAAGGGCGAUGUGAUUUGUUUCAAGUGUGGUAAGCAAGGUCACAUAUCUUUUUAUUGCAGAGUUGGUUCGAAUGUGACUUGCUACAACUGUGGUGAGCAAGGGCACAUUAGUACCAAGUGCAACAAGCCAAAGAAAGAGCAGGCCAAAGGUAAAGUGUUUGCAUUGUCCGGUGCUGAUACUUCUGCUGAGGAGAGAUUGAUUUGA